AUGUCGUCUGGAGACAUCAACCCCCUUGCCCUCAAAAUUUUCUAUUGUGCCUUCGCGCUGACCCAGGUCACCGGUGUCACAUUCUUCGGGCUCCUCGUCAAGGAAAGAUCCGAGACUUUGACGCGUGCGCCGGUAUACUUCUGGCAUCCGGUACUCGCUACAUUGGGUCUGAUCAUCCUCCAGGGCGAAUCGUUCCUCAUCUACAGGAUACUGCGGAAUGUACGCAAGCCAGUGACGAAAAUUGUGCACAGCGCUCUGCACUUCGCCGCUCUCGCUUGCCUGCUUGUGUCUCUCUUCCUAAUUUUCAAACACCGCGGGAGAUUCGAAAUCCCUUCGGGGACCCAUGGAAGAUUGGGACUUCUCUCUGCUAUUCUCUUCGUCAUCCAAUACGUCAUUGCGUUCAUCACAUUCCUCGCACCAGGAGCCGCCAUUCAUCUUAGAGAAAACUGUCUCACGGUCUUCACGGAGGUUUCGGGCGUGUUCUCUUUGGUCUCCACGCUCCUUCUGUAUGCUCUAUGCGUGGGCAUCUGCGUUGGUUUCGCGUGCUUCCGAAGGAGAGCUUUGCCGCAGGGUGAUGGAUCUCUCUCUAUAAAUCAAAGCUGA